AUGACGCUGUCCCGGCACCCACGCCGCCCGCUAGCCGCCCCGCCCGAGCCGCCCGUGCCGCCCGAGCCGCCCGAGUCGUCCGAGCCGCCUGCACCGCCUAAGGAGCCGAGCCGCUGGUCCUGUGAGGCUGCUGUUGCUGCUGAGCCGGUUGAGCUACUGUGUUGCUGUGCGCUGCCCGACCCGUCCUGUCUGGUGAGACCAUCUACUGCUGUCAUGGCUACCCCUAGUGUCCUCGCUUUUGACGCUGAGGGUCGCGCCAUUGACUUUGAGGUCUGGGUCGACGACUUGCAGCUGUUCUUGCAGUGCGAUAGAGCAGACGGCCUUUCUCUCUUUGACCUCACUUCUGGCGCCUCUCCUGCCCCUGCUGCUGAUGCUGAUCCCACUAUGCGCUCUCAGUGGGCUACCCGCGAUGCUGCUGCACGUCUUGCUGUGCGUCGCCACCUCCCUACCUCUGAGCGCGCGCACUUUAGUCAGUACAAGAGUGCUCAGACCUUGUACGACGCUGUAGUUGCGCGCUACUCUUCCCCUGCCACUGCUGCACUGAGCCGUCUCAUUCUUCCCUACCUCUUUCCUGACCUCUCUGCCUUUCCCACUGUCGCUGACCUCAUUACGCACCUCCGCACCAGUGACACUCGCUACCGCGCCGCCCUUCCUGCUGAGUUCUGCGCCAAGAACCCCCCCCCCAUGUACAUCACUCUCUACAACGUAGUCGCGCGCCUCCCUGACUCUCUUCGCGUAGUCAGGGACCACUUUCUCGCAGUCUGUCCCACCACCCUCACUGUCGACCUCCUCGAGAAGGCCCUCCUCGCGGCGGAGAAGAGCAUCGUCGCUGUAGGAGCUUCCGGGACCUGCUUGGUCUUGAGUCGGUCGGCGCGGCGUCUGCCCCUAGUGGGCGACGCCGCUCUGGCAAGGGCAAGGGGGGCAAGGGCGCGGGUGGAGCUGGAGGGGGCGGUGGAGGUGGCGGUGGAGGCGGCGGAGGGAGUGGGGGUGGCGGCGGGAGUGGUGGAGGGGGUGGUGGUGGUAGUGGUGGCAGCGGCGGCGGAGGCGGCGGAGGUGGCGGCAGCGGUGGUGGUGGCGGCAGCGGUGGCGGUGGAGGCGGUGGAGGGGGCGGAGGAGCAGGCGCUGGUGGCGGAGGGGGUGGAGCUGGUCGGGGUGGUACCCAGCAGCGGAGCGGCCGUGGUGGUGAGGGGUGGGGGUGCUGGUCCCUGUGCCUACGUCCUUCGUUCCGGCGACCGCGCGGGUGAGCAAUGUGGGGGUGCCCACCCCACCCAGCGGUGCUUUGGCCGCCUGACGGACGCUUGGCGUCAACAGUUCCCCGAGGCUAGUGAGAUCCCCCGCUGGGAUGAGCUUCUUAGGGGUGGUGUAGCGAUCUUUGAUCUUGACUUUGAUGCUAUCCUUGCUGCUAUGUAUGCUGUGACUAUUAGUGAGGAGGGUGACUUUUACCAUUGUUUCCCGCCCGACCCGGGCAUUGGUACUGCUGCGCUAGGUGCUUGUGAGGCUGUUGCUCUAGGUGCCAGUGCGUCUGCGCUCUCAGGUACUGGUGAGACUGCGCUCUCAGGUACUGCGUCGCCUUCGUCCUCCCUCACUUUCACACUUGACUCCGGGGCUUCUCGCUCCUUCUUUCGAGACCGCACCACCCUCACGCCGCUUGGUCGGCCGGUUGCAGUCUCCCUGGUUGACCCCUCUGGGGGUUCUGUCCUCUCUCACUUUUCCACUGUCCUCCCGUGUCCGGCUGCCCCCUCGGGCACCCUGUCUGGUCUGUACCUUCCUUCGUUCUCGACGAACUUGGUGAGUGGUGCGGACCUACUGGAUGCGGGGGUUCACCAGUUCACUCCUGCGAGUCAGCGGGUGACCCACUGCAUGGACGCGUGCACAGGCCGGCACCUGGCCACGUUCUCGCGUCGGCCGGGGUCGAGCCUCUACACCCUGACCACUACGUCUCCUCCUGUCCCUGCGUCUGGUCAGGUAGCUGCGUCAGGUCAGGUGUUUGCUGCUGCGUCCCGGUCUGGCCCUGAGUCUGCCCCCUGUUCGUGUCGCCUCCUGUCUUACGAGACCCUCCUGUGGCACCACCAUCUGGGCCACCCCUCCUUGCCCCGUCUUCGGAGCAUGGCUUCCCGUGUCCUUGUCUCUGGUCUUCCCCAGUCUCUUCCUUCCCUUCCUUCGGGGCCAGGACCUUCCUGUGUCCCCUGUGUCGAGGGGCGCCUCCGGGCUGCUCCUCACUCCUCCCAGUUCCCCCUGACAGAGGCUCCUCUGCAGACACUUCACAUGGACGUGUGGGGCCCAGCCCCCGUCCGUGGGCAGGGUCACGAGCGCUACUUCCUGUUGGUGGUUGACGACUACUCGCGUUACACCACAGUCUUCCCCUUGCGCAGCAAGGGUGCUGUCACUGAGGUGCUGAUCGACUGGAUCCGCGAGGCUUGUCUCCAGCUCAGGAGGAGCUUCGGCUCGGACUUUCCUGUUCUGCGUCUGCACUCGGACAGAGGCGGGGAGUUCUCCUCUCGCCUUCUGCGAGACUACUCUCGUGCACGGGGGAUCCGCCAGACCUUCACGCUUCCGGACUCUCCACAGCAAAAUGGGAUUGCUGAGUGCCGCAUUGGCAUGGUCAUGGAUGUUGGCGAUGCGUCUGCGUUCCGUGUCUGGGGAUCUCCGGCGUUUGUCCGCGACUUGUCUGCGGACAAGCUGUCCCCUCGUGCUGCUCCCUGUGUCUUCCUUGGCUUCCCCCCUGACGCUCCAGGGUGGCAGUUCUACCACCCCUCCUCUCGUCGUGUUCUGUCCUCCCAGGACGUCACGUUCGACGAGUCAGUCCCCUUCUACCGCCUCUUCCCCUACCGCACUCCUUCCCUUCCCCCGCCACCAGACUUCCUUGUGCCGGUUCCCCCCCCGGUAGACCCCCUCCCCCCUCAGGUUCCUGCCCCCUCAGGUGUGUCCCAGGUAGACGCAGUUGACCCGGUCGAGGUUACUGGUGGAUCUGGUGCUGCUUCGGGUGCUGAGCCUGGGGGUGCUGACUCUAAGGGUGCUGUGCGCAGGGGUGCCGAGCCUGGGGGUGCUACUGCGGAGGGUGCUGGGCCUGGGGGUGCUGAGCCGGGGGUUGCUGCGCCUGGAGCUGCUGAGCUAGGGGGUGCUGAGUCUGGGGGUGCUGAGUCUGGAGCUGCUGAGCCUGGGGGUGCUAGGUCUGGAGCUGCUGAACCUGGGGGUGCUACGUCUGGAGCUGCUCAGCCUAGGGGUGCUGCGUCUGGGGCUGCUGAGCCUGGGGUUUCUCGUGGUGCUGCAUCUCGGCGGGAGCCCCUCUCUCCACAGGAGCUGCGCGAGUGGUUUGCUCGCCGCUGGAGGCGUACUGCCGGAGCUGGAGCUUCCUCGACCGUCGAGGGUGCUGGGGCCGCCGGUUCCGGAGCUGCUGGGCCUGCGGGACCUACUGGAGCUGGAGCUGCUGGAGGUGUUGGUGCGGAGACUCCAGCUGUCUGUCCUGGAGGUGGUUCUGCUGCUGGUGCUGCUGGAGGUCCUGCCGCUGAGGGUGCUGGUGCUGUCCCUGCUGAGUCUGGAGCUGCAGCGCGGCCUCGGCCGUACUUCGUUCCGCUCCUGCAGCAGGUUCUUGGUCUUUCUCCUCCGGUAGAGUGUCCACAGCCUGUCCAGUCGCAGUCACUGUUGGAGCCUUCCUCCCCACUGCCUGCUCCCUCUCCUUACACUGGUCCUAUUGGAGUUCUUGCUGAGCGUCGUGAGCCUGCGUCUCGUCCCGCGUCGCCUGUUCGUGCUGCUCGCGCUAGUGGUCGCGGUUCGCGUCAGCGUCCUCCUCCUGUCCCUAGCACGCACCGGAUGUCUCUGCGUCCGUCCACUGCUCCUCUGCGUGCCCCUUUGCCUUCUCCUUCUGAGUCCUCUCUUCCUGCGCUUGCCUACCCUGAGUCGGACUCCCUUCGUGCUGCCAGUCCUACUGUCACGCGUCUCCUUGCUACUUUCGUCACUGACCCCUCUUUUGAGUGCACUGCUGCGUCUGCUCUUCUCGCUGAGCUCGUCGACUUUGCUGCUCGCUGUCGUCUAGACUACGCUGCUAGCCUUGUUGCUGAGGCUGCGUCUGUAUGUCCUCCGUCCGUCGGGGGUGAGUGUGCUCUUGGCACGGACGUCCUAGAGGACAGGCAGGAGGAGUUACAGUGUCUAGCUGCUGCUUCACCUCAUCUCGCGUCUGUACUGCUUGCUCCUGAGGGAGACCCGGAUGCACUAGACAUCCCGACUCCGCGCUCCUACGCGGAGGCCGUAGAGGGUCCCUACUCCUCUCAGUUGCAGGCAGCUAUGGAUGCAAAGAUGGCUUCCUGGAAGUCCACAGGCACAUACGUUGACGCGGUUCCCCCUCCUGGGGCGAAUAUCGUCAGUGGCAUGUGGAUCUUCAGGGUGAAGCGGCCGCCAGGCUCUCCACCUGUCUUCAAGGCGCGGUACGUCGCUCGUGGCUUUAGUCAGCGGCAGGGAGUUGACUAA